AUGUUUGACGCGAUAACAAUUUUCCUCCUCAUGUUGACCAUGGUGGCGUUGAUUAUUAGCUCGAAUUACUACAUGGCCAUCCCCACCUUCGCCUUACUAAUUAUCCUCUUUGUCAUCCGACAAUAUUACAUAAAAACGGCACGUGCCGUCAAACGGAUUGAAGCUUUAACCCGGAGUCCAAUUUUCACCCACGUCGUGGCAUCAAGUUCUGGAUCUACCACGAUACGAUCUGCCAACGCAGAAUCAAUCCUAGUAAAACAGUUUGACAGACAUCAAGAUAUUCAUUCCUCAUCGUGCUGGUUUGGGGUCUGGCUUGAAAUGAUCUCGGUCGCAUAUCUGACCAUUGUCACGUUAAGUUUCCUCAUUUUGGCGUCUCUAACAGACUACAAAAGCAGUGAUGUCGGCUUAGCGAUAUCUUCUGUGUUUAAUGGGUGUUUUUCAAUGGGGCAUGAGACAAAUAAAAAACCUCCAAAAGACUGGCCAAAAAAUGGAGAAAUACAAUUCCGCAAUUAUUACUUGGAAUACGAAGAAAAAGAUGUUAUCAAAGGGAUCACAUUCGAUAUAAAGGCGUGCGAAAAAAUUGGCAUCGCUGAUACCGGAGCGGGAAAGAGUUCCAUAAUUAAUGGCCUAUUUCGAAUGACGGAACCCAGAGGAGACAUGUUUAUUGAUGGCGUUCAAGUUAAUGACAUCGGUCUUCACGACUUGAGACAAGCUGUCUCCAUAAUUCUGCAAGAUCCCGUCUUGUUCUCGGGAUCAAUGCGGUCCAAUUUGGAUCCAUUUGAUCAAUAUUCGGACCAAGACUUACGGGAAUCGCUGGAAGAGGUCGAAUUAAAAAAUGACAUUCCCGCCUUGGAUUUUGAAGUUUCCGACGGUGGGAGCAACUUCAGCGUGGACCAGAGGCAGCUCGUUUGCCUGGCAAGAGCCAUUUUAAGAAAGAACAAAAUAAUUGUGGUGGACGAGGCAACUGCGAAUGUGGAUCCACGCACCGAUAACUUCAUCCAGCAAACAAUCCGAACAAAAUUUGCAGACUGUACUAUAAUAACUAUUGCUCACAGAUUAAAUUCCGUCAUGGACUGCGACCGUAUUUUAGUUUUGGACAACGGAUACCUCAUGGAAUAUAACCAUCCUCACAUCUUGUUAAGUGAUCCCAAUGGAAUUUUAAGUUCAAUGGUCAACCACACGGGAGCCGCAAGUGCAGUUCUAAAACAAGUGGCCGCCGAGACUUACUCCGGAAGACGGGGUUCAUUCCGACAAGAAAAUUUACCAGCGAUACGUCAUUCCAUCUCUUUAGCAAGUGGUCAAAGGCUUUUAAACGCAGUAAAUGAAACAGAAGCUACUAAAUAA